AACAAAACAAACCAUGGAGAUGAAGCAAGGCAGAGGAAAUUGUGCUUACUUAAGUUCUUCUCAGGGAUAUUGCUAUUUGUGAAUGAAGGAAGUCCUCAGAGUUGACACUAAGGUAAAGUUGGGAGAGAGAGAUGCCCAAGGGGCUCACCAGUUUGUCCAUUCCCCUUUUGUUUUGCUGCAGAAUGUUUUGUGCUGCUGUGUUGGAAAACCUUGAACAGACAAUUGUUCCUGAUUUUGGGUCACUGGAAAGUCAGCAUGAUUUCCGAACCCCGGAGUUUGAAGAAUUUAAUGGAAAAUGUGACUCUCUCUUUUUUAAUGAUGGCCAGCGAAGAAUUGACUUUGUUCUAGUAUAUGAGGAUGAAAGUAGAAAAGAGACCAGUAAAAAGGGUACAAAUGAAAAACAAAGGAGAAAAAGACAAGCAUACGAAUCUAACCUUAUCUGUCAUGGCCUGCAGCUGGAAGCCACAAGAUCAGUUUUGGAUGACAAGCUUGUAUUUGUAAAAGUGCAUGCACCGUGGGAGGUAUUAUGUACAUAUGCUGAGAUCAUGCACAUCAAAUUGCCUCUGAAACCCAAUGAUCUGAAAAACCGGUCCUCAGCCUUUGGUAGACUCAACUGGUUUUCCAAAAUCCUCAGCGUGGAUGAGAGUAUCAUCAAGCCAGAACAGGAGUUCUUCACUGCUCCAUUUGAAAAGAACCGGAUGAAUGAUUUUUACAUUCUCGAUAGAGAUGCCUUCUUUAAUCCAGCCACCAGAAGCCGCAUUGUUUACUUCAUCCUCUCCCGGGUUAAGUAUCAAGUGAUGAACAACGUUAACAAGUUUGGGAUCAACAGACUUGUAAACUCUGGGAUUUAUAAGGCAGCUUUCCCUCUCCACGAUUGCAAAUUCCGCCAUCGGUCAGAGGAUCCCAGCUGCCCUAAUGAACGGUACCUUCUGUACAGGGAGUGGGCUCAUCCUCGAAGCAUAUACAAAAAGCAGCCCUUGGAUCUCAUCAGGAAAUAUUAUGGAGAGAAGAUUGGAAUCUACUUUGCUUGGCUGGGCUAUUACACGCAGAUGCUCCUCCUGGCAGCAGUCGUGGGAGUGGCUUGCUUUCUCUACGGAUACCUUAAUCAAGAUAACUGUACUUGGAGCAAAGAAGUUUGUCAUCCUGAUAUUGGUGGCAAGAUUAUAAUGUGUCCUCAAUGUGAUAGGCUUUGUCCAUUCUGGAAACUCAAUAUUACUUGUGAGUCAUCAAAGAAAUUGUGCAUCUUUGACAGUUUUGGAACCCUGAUCUUUGCUGUAUUUAUGGGAGUAUGGGUUACCUUGUUUCUGGAGUUUUGGAAGCGGCGCCAGGCAGAACUUGAGUAUGAAUGGGAUACUGUUGAGUUACAGCAGGAAGAACAAGCCCGGCCAGAAUAUGAAGCACGGUGUACUCAUGUGGUGAUAAAUGAGAUUACUCAGGAAGAAGAGCGCAUUCCCUUUACCACCUGGGGAAAAUGUCUACGGAUAACCCUCUGUGCAAGUGCUGUCUUUUUCUGGAUCCUGUUGAUCAUCGCUUCAGUCAUUGGGAUCAUUGUGUAUAGGCUCUCAGUGUUCAUUGUAUUUUCUGCAAAACUUCCCAAGAACCUUAAUGGAACAGACCCAAUCCAGAAGUAUCUGACUCCACAGACAGCCACAUCCAUCACUGCCUCCGUCAUCAGCUUCAUCAUCAUCAUGAUUCUGAACACCAUCUAUGAGAAGGUGGCCAUUAUGAUUACUAACUUUGAACUCCCAAGGACCCAGACUGAUUAUGAGAAUAGCCUAACCAUGAAGAUGUUCUUAUUCCAGUUUGUCAACUACUAUUCUUCAUGUUUCUACAUAGCAUUCUUUAAAGGCAAAUUUGUAGGCUAUCCGGGAGACCCAGUUUAUUGGUUGGGAAAGUACAGAAAUGAAGAGUGUGACCCAGGUGGCUGUCUUCUUGAACUGACAACUCAGCUGACAAUAAUCAUGGGAGGUAAAGCAAUCUGGAAUAACAUACAAGAAGUAUUACUGCCCUGGAUCAUGAAUCUAAUUGGACGGUAUCACAGAGUUUCGGGGUCAGAAAAGAUAACCCCACGAUGGGAACAGGACUACCAUCUACAGCCCAUGGGCAAACUGGGAUUAUUUUAUGAAUAUCUUGAAAUGAUUAUUCAGUUUGGGUUCGUCACCUUGUUUGUGGCCUCUUUUCCACUGGCCCCUCUGUUGGCUCUCGUGAACAAUAUAUUGGAAAUAAGAGUGGAUGCCUGGAAACUGACCACCCAGUUUAGACGCCUGGUGCCAGAGAAAACACAAGACAUUGGAGCGUGGCAGCCCAUCAUGCAAGGAAUAGCAAUUCUGGCUGUGGUGACCAAUGCCAUGAUCAUUGCUUUCACAUCAGACAUGAUCCCCCGCCUGGUGUAUUACUGGUCCUUCUCCGUCCCACCCUAUGGGGACCACACUACCUACACUAUGGAGGGGUACAUCAACAACACUCUCUCCAUCUUCAACAUCGCCGACUUCAAAAACAAAAGCAGGGGAAACCCGUACUCUGGACUUGGGAACCAUACCACGUGCAGGUAUCGUGACUUUCGAAACCCACCUGGACACCCACAGGAGUAUAAACACAACAUCUACUAUUGGCAUGUGAUUGCAGCCAAGCUGGCUUUUAUCAUUGUCAUGGAGCAUAUCAUCUACUCUGUGAAAUUUUUCAUUUCAUAUGCAAUUCCCGAUGUAUCAAAACGCACGAAAAGCAAGAUCAAGAGAGAAAAAUACCUAACCCAAAAGCUACUUCACGAGAGUCACCUCAAAGAUAUGACAAAAAACAUGGGCGUUAUAGCGGAGAGGAUGAUUGAAGCAGUGGAUAACAAUUUUCGACCAAAAUUAGAAUAAGAACUUUAUGUUCUGAGAAGCACUUUAAGGAAUUUAGCUCUGUCAAAAUAUAUUAUGAAUCACUAAUGAGAAUCUUUAAGUUAAAUCACUUUGGCAAAUAUGAGUCUUAACUUUUGCCAUUUCCAUGCAUAUUAUUUUUUCAGUUUCAGCUAGUGAUGCAGGAACCGGAAAAUGUAAAACUUAGAUCAAGAAGGGCAUAAAACUAAUCACCUGGAAAACCUAAAAUAUUACUUUUUUUUGAUAAAUUGGAAUUUUAGUAAUAUAGAAAACGUCUCCUAGUAUGCUCAAAAACCGCCUCUUGUAAAGCAGAAUUACUUUCAUUUCUUUCUAUUCUCAGGCACAUGAUCUCC